AUGGGGAUCACGUCAUCCACCGAGUCAAAUUCUAGAUACGACCUGUUCACGUUAGAGAAACUCCACGAACUGAAACUGAAAGAGGAGAAGAAUCUGGACGACCAUCCCGACAAAGAGAAAAUACUAGAGAUGGCCCAAGUUUCUCUACAAGUAUGGUGGAACGGGCUCCACGCCUUAUUCCCCACCACCAAGGGAGAAUUGUCAACAGACCAAACCAAGGAAGGAGACGCAGAGAUGGACGACCAAGUAUUUGAGAGGUUUUCCGAUUUCAUGAAGGAUGGUGGUUGCAAAGAUUCUUUUAAGUCUUUAGUAGACUGUCUUGAGUCUAAUCCAAGAAUGGCAAAGUGUAAGGAACACCUUCCCGUUCUGAAAAAGUGUAUGGAUGCUCGCAUUAAUUACUAUGAGCCGAUUCUCGCUCUUGCGAAAGCUACAGAGGAAAAGGCCUUUGCCACCUUCGCCAAAGAGGAAAAACGAAAGAUGGACCUGGCUGCCAUGAACCGAGCUCAAGCUGGGGGUGACUGA